AAGUUUCGAACAGCCACGCUCCGUUGUUUCAGGCGUACUAUUUACUGAUAGAACAAAGCGGAACCAUCGUCAUACCGAACGUUGUAUCUGGCCGGACAUAUUUUACCCGCCCCAUCACACUGACUAGCCACUGCUCAUUGGUCGUUCAAGAGAUGUGUACAGUUCAUACAGUUUGUGUUGCAGGUGUUUACAUGGAUGUGACACCUGCAUUAUAGUGUUAAUGUUGCUUGUUUCGGUGUAUUUGGACGAUGUCUCGUGUGGGUUUGAGCUGCCCUGGCUGCGGCUCCUCAAACAUCGUAGAAGACGAUUUGUACUCUCAGGCCCAGCUGGUGUGCGUGGACUGCGGCUCAGUGGUGUCCGAGGGUGUGCUGGCCCAUGAACCAGUCGGAGGUUCAGAAGUCAGUUACAGCCGAACCACAGCCGUGGCCAAAAAGCCAUGCACAAACCUGGUAAAAGGUGUGCAACGUGUGAAGGCCAUUUGUCGGAUUCUCAGGGUCAACAAAGAGACUGAAGAUCUCUCUGAGACAUAUUUUAGGCAGGCCUAUCAGCAUGAGAGUUUCAUCAAAGUGAGCCUCCAGAAGAAAGAAGUUCUUGCUGGAUGCUGUGUUCUUGUAAGUUGCAGGCUGCUCAAUUGGCCAGUCACCAUGGGAACCAUCAGCUCCCUGCUGGAUGCAGACCCUAUGGUGGUGGGAGUGGUUUAUCAAGAGAUGAUCAAGAUUCUCAACAUUGAGGCACCUAUCAUCAACGUCACUGAUGUCAUGGAGGCACACGGUCAAGAGUACAAAAUCAGCUCACUUCAUGUUCCUGAAGAAUUGGCUGAGGACUCCAAGGACUUGACGAAACGUGCCGUGGCCCUGGUGGAGCUGGCAGCAGAUACCUGGAUUGUGACUGGCCGGAAGCCCAUCCCUAUCAUGAUGGCGGCUAUCUAUUUAGCAUGGCAGUCCUUGAGGCCCAACAAGCACCGCUUGAAAUUCUCCCUGGACAAAUUCUGCCAGAUUGCCAAAGUCAAUAAGCACAAGCCUGCUUUGAAGAGAAUCACUGAGAUAAAGGAGGUGCUGUGUAAGCUGGGUAAGGAGAUACCCUGGCUCAGGGAAACGGUGACACCGGAUAAUGUUGUUCACCAGGUGGAGGAUAUUCUAAAAUAUAGGUAUGCCCUGCUCAGAAGGGCUCUGCGAACGCAUGAGGAUGCUGUGCUGGCAGAGUGUCAGGCCAGCUUUAAAGAUUCUCCAAAUGAGGAGACCGCUCUCUCCAACAUCUCUGAGUUUGUAGAGCAGAGUCCAAAUGAAUCCUCUGUAGAACGAUGUGAACCGAAUACUGAACAGGCCCAGCGAACAGGAGAUGGAAAUGACGAUCCAUGCGCAGUACCUGAGCUGCGCAGUGACGCUGAGGAGAGCCAAGAUCCAGCACCAGGCUGGGGGAAGAGGGUGCUGUUUGCUCCCCCGUGUGUGAUUCAUGCUAAGAAAAGGAGGGUGGAGCAGCCUGAGCUCAAGGAUGUGACUGGUGAAGAGGAAAUCUCUGACAGUGAAAUUGACUCGUACAUUCGCACCCCUCGAGAAGCGCGAGAUUUUGCUCUGGCGCAGAAGAUUUUGUCCUUAUCCGAGAGUGAGAAGUCAUAGCCAGCUGUUUAUAGAGACCACUGAUAUAUAUUUUGUUGUAGGUUAUGUAAGCAUAAGCAAAUAUUUAAACUUAAAUGCAGUUUCUGUUUUAGGCCUAAUUUAAUAAGGAUGCAGGGUGUUUUGUUUUGGUUGUUUGCAAAUAAAGCUCUGUUGAGAUGGUUAAACAUCAGGAAAAAGGAAAGAAUAAAUUAACGUGAUUGCACACACAAGACACGUCUUCUGUGUGUUUUCCAUGGAAGACUUGUACAGGAAGGAAAUCGCAGUUGUUUUCAUUGUAUGAAUGGUAUUGUUCAUCCUGGCUCAGUGUUGCUCCGUGGGACACUUGAAUAGAAUGCAUCCAUUUUUAAUGUCAUCUGUGACAAAUCAAAAUGAAAUGAAGGUCUAUUAGACCAAGCCUCCAAUGAGGGCUUCAUUGUGUUGAUUGAAUAUCAACACAGUGAGUGGUUUCAUAAAACCUAAAAAAAUAAAGUAUAUGGUAUUACUUCUCAUUUCUAAAUUCACUGAAAAUACAAGCAUGACAGGCGGAACAAUAUGCAUGACUGCGUGAUUGUACUAUUGAAUAUUUCAGAGUAAGAAACGUCUUUUCAUUUCUACAGUACAUGAUAGAAUUGUAAGAUUUUUUUAAAGAGCAGAGCAACGACAGUGCAAGACUGACUUCAACCCUCAAGAAAGUUUAAUAUUUUAUUUCAUUUCUGAGUGUGCUGAGCUUCUUUAGAAUAUGAUCAAGCAUGAUAGAUAAUAAUUCAGUGUUACCCACUGCAGUGCACAAAUUGUACAGUGUAGAACUCAGCAGUGAACAGAAUGUUCAUACCUAAAUAAAAUGAAAUAUUAACUCAACCGAG